GUCAACUUCGUAUUGUGGGUAAACGCUCUUUGGGAGAGCAUUUAGUUCAACAUUGUACCUACUUGGAGCCCCUUGCAGAGGUCCGCAUGCCGAAGACCAGAAAACCAUCAGUUCAGCAAACCCGUUCUGCCACACCCGGACCCGCUCUUCUACAGAUCUUCACACAGGGUGAAGACCAAAAGAAAAUCUCCCAACAAUCACAAAGACCCCUACUCAGGAAAGAGGCUACAAGAGCCAACAAAACACAAUGAGAGAAAGAGACUUAACGAAGUCAACAAGCGAAGGAAAUGGUUCUAGUAGGCGAUCCUCCGAUCCCACCUCCACCAUCGAAUGAGAUAUACCAGGUAACCUGCCCCGGGCAGGAAUCAAUGUAUCUCGACCGGAAAAACCUGCCACUGCGGGUUUCACUUCCCACCACCUCCUACCAAGGAGCUGGUGGAAAAAGUUUUUUUGCUACUUCUCGGUAUUGGAUUUUUUGGUGGGUGACCCUGUAUGUUUGUGUGUUGUGUGUUGGUGGGGUCGUUGUGCCCUAGUUGCGAUGGGCUUUUGUCGACCUCCUCGAACUCAACCAGCAUCUCAACAGCCAGACCUUGUGCCAAGGCCCAAAGCCUCGAGGCUGGCAGCACCUCAUACUCGCAUAGUACUUGACUCUUCGACUGGAGAGGAGGCGAAUACGCGUGUUGAUCUAUUGAAGCUUUCCCCAGUCGUGCAUUCUGCUCUUCCAUGCAGCCAUUCUCUCAGCCACAUACUUUCUCGGAAUAUGGCUAAAGCCCUAGCAACAUUUGGAUCUCCAAGGUUGCUUCGGCUUGUAUCGCUACGAAUCUUCUCCCGUCCCAAGACACGAUGUCUGCGCAAACAGUGCCAGAGGUAGGCGUCAUUUUUCGUCCAUCCUUAAUGGACCCGACUACUUGUAUCAAGUUGCACUUAGAACCCGAGUCUGGAGUCAACAGAAUCGAUGUGGCAUGGGGAGGUUUGGGGUGCUCACGAGCUGGCGAUGUUUAGAUCACAGCACGGAGGAAUACUGAGGAAUACCGCAUGGAUUGAAUUCCCAGACUCGUCCGGGAACAUGAAAAUUGCAGGCCUGGACACAGCUGUCGAUAUAUGUGACCGCCGCUACUCAAAGCAAUAUCCAGAACAAGAGCAGGGAGCGGCCCAUACUGCCCACCAGAAGAAAUGGCACGGCCCAAGCAGCUACAGGACUUUACUGUGGCUGUUGUCUUCAGAGACGCAUCUCGGAGCACCUUCAACGACUCAGUCCGGUAUUCCGCUUUGGGUUGGGAGAGCCAGAGAAGGUGACAAGUCACCUUACACAUAUCACACGCCACCAAAGACGUCUCGUUUACGGCAGUCUUCCAUCUCUCCCCAUGCCGCCACGGAUGCGUCAACUCCGGCCGAGACUCCACCUCCACCUCCACCUCCACGCUACUCCAACCCGUGCACUUUGGUUGGAACUUCAUGCCCUUUGCCGCUUAACAACGCCGAUCGAAAAGCCGAACCAAAAGCCGAGCUUGAACGCGAAAACAAGGAAACGCACCGUCUCUUUUCCCUAUCUACCUGCCUGUUUUCCUUCUUCGAUAUGCACCCUUCACCUCGUCCAUCGCACAAUCUUUCUGCCUAUUGAAAGGAAGAAACAACACUGUUGCUCCUAGCCGUCCGCGUGAGGGUCAGCCAAUCAGCCCCAGCGACCGGCUAAAUUCGACGACCUCUCGCGCGGGUCGUCUCCCACGGCGCGACACUGCUUCCUCACUUCUCGCCCCGGUUUUCCACCAUCCAUCCAGCACGACUAGCGAACUAACUAUAAGAAACGAAUGCUUUGAAGAGAAAAAAGGGCCGCGGCAAGAGGCCGUAUGGGUUACUUCCUCAUCAAUGCCCGCAAGGCCAACACUCAUCCCCGGUAUUAUCUUGACAGGACGGAUGGGGCGUACGUUACCGAUUCCCACCUGCGUGAUGCAUGUUGAACGGGCCAGUCUAGAUCGGGGCGCUGCGUUCCUUCGUGGCAACACAGUACGAUGGACAGCCGCGGCGGACACUUGUCGGUCCUGACUUCCAUGAGCUGUCCAGGUGCUCUUCCGAUCGUGUUGGUACUUUUGCACUGCCUACGCAUCUGCCGGUCGCUUGAUCGCUCAGCUUCGUCCAAUGCUUCCACACAGAUCGCUCGUCCCGGUUUUCCACGAUGCAGUGCAGUGCAUGCCGGAGGAGCACGCCGCACGCCGCACGCCGCACGCAUCAUCAAGGUGAAGAAUGCGUAGCAAGAGCAAAUUCACCCCCACGAACGAACUCACAUAUUUAUGUAUGUAUGCAUGCAUGCAAGGCCCAAGCUCCUUGCCUGUAUCUCUUUCUCUCUGUGUAUCCAUGUCUCCGCCUCUAUGCAUAUCUAUCUCGCCAGCCUCUAUUCCGCGCGAUGGAGCCAUCGUCCAUGAGUACGAUGCUAAUUCAGGCUGAUAUGCUGGAUAUGACACUACUCGCACCCACGGGCACGGUUGUAUACGCCGGAUGGACAUUGUCCUCGGGACUGCAAUACGCCGUACGAUGAGUUCCUCGUAUAGCGGACCUAAGAUCUAGAUACCUUGGUGGGUAGCCGAGUCGGCCGACGGACAAUGGACAAUGGACAUUCGGAGGCGUUGUUUCUGCUAUCUGUGUGCGCGUACGUUCAUUCAGCGGGAGUAGGGGCGGAGUGCAAUGAAUGGCUAGGGUACUGCAAUUUGCACUGGUCUGGGUAUCUACCUACGCAGCACCAUGUCUCUAUGGCCGAGAUAGAAUCGCAUGAUUAGGGUAGUUGAGAGGUACUGUAGAAAC